AUGUCGCCAACUGCAACAGCUAUCGACCAGAGUCUCGAUGUCCGGCCAAGCUCCGGUUCCCGUGAGACAAUCGAAGAGCGAUGUUUCUGUGCUGCUCUCAUAUGUCUCGAGGGCCACUACACAGAAUCCCCUGCCAUGGGGCCCCUCACAACAGCCAAGGUCACAAGCAUGGUGUCGAGGACAUUGGAGAAAACUCACGGCUUCAAGGAUGUUCGCGAGGCUCUGUCAAGAAACGUCGCGAUCUGGAUAUGGCUGACCAGGAUAUUUGCUGCUGCCAUUCCGAACCUGACCACUCGUUCCGUUGGGCCCUUGUCGAGCUUGAAUGACCCCGAGAAAGGUGUCACUCCCCAAGAGAGCACGGCUCUCAUCAUCAAAAACUACCAGAGCUUGAAAGAUGAUCUUCAGAUACUCAACAAGCUCAUGCACAUCGCGCGAAACCUCCUCGUCACCACGGAGCCCGAGGUACCCCAGGAUCUAUGUGCUGCCGUGCACUUCGAUCAGAUGGUUUAUCAGACCAUCAUUCUUUGUGUAAAUGUCACGUCGAAGGGAUACGACGGUGAGAUACUGGAUGAUCAGUCAAGACUCAAGCUGAACGACAUCACCGAUCUAUACAAGAAGAUACUCGUGACGUCUUUGCAACAGGCGCACAACUGGACCGCGAAGAACGACAGGAAUAAAAUGUCAUUCUGGUUUGACGUGCUCUUCGACGAUGACGCAGCUCUUGAUGAUCCUCAAGACGGCCUGGGCGACGGAUCUGGCUUCCGGAUAGAUGUGGCCAAGACAGAAGUGCAGCACUGGCUAGAGCGGAACUCUACAAUGUGCGACACUGCUAGGCGCCUUCUCAAGGACUAUGCCGAGAACCAUUCCCACAAACCGCCGGGAACUCUGGCCCCAAUAUCCCCAUUGGCGUGGAACUGGCUGCCUGAAGGCACCGUCAAGGUCAGAGCAGAUGAUCCGAAGGAUACUGAGAAGAUUAAUCCUCUAUGGAAACCUGAUGAGACAGACAAGUUUGAGCAAGAUAAGCGGUAUGGCCGUGUGUCUCGGGAGGUUGACAUGUGGUGGGUUAAGGCACGAGACGCAAACUUCGAUGGCUGGGUGGUCCCCAUGCCGUCAGUCGAGUUUGCCCAGGCACGGACUGAAAACUGCAAGACGAAUCUCAACCAUCGAUAUUCGCAUCAUUUUCGGGAUCAUGAUCAUGAUUACGACCAUGACCACGACAAUGAGCACGAUCACCAUCAUCAUCACCAUGACCAUGACCACGACCACGACCAUGAUCAUGAUCACCACCACCAUCACCAUCACUAUCACGAACAUGAUCACGAGCAUAUCCAUAUCGAAGACGGCGAGCUUGCUCUUCCUGGGGACUACGCGCAUGACUAUGUCGACGAUUUGGCGGAUGAAGACGAUGUGGAUGAUGAUGAGUCCUACGGAGAGGGCCCGAUGACCGGGCUACUCACAGAGGUUCCCAACAUUCUGGAUCCCAAGCAAAUUGAGGCGCUACAUAUGAUCGUGAAGUCCUGCAUCUUUGACGCAGCCGGGAGCGGUUGGACUCGCGCGGGAGAAAACUUGCAGAAGACGAGAUGUAGGAUGUUUCUCGCCCUUGACUGCGGCAAGAGCCUCCUUCGCGAAAUGCUCGUUUUCAUUGCAGUCUGGGAGAAGGAUGAGCAGUCCCUGAUCUUCCAGAUCACGAGCCAGAUUGUUCAAGCAAUCCAUCACAGUGCACUUAUACCUUACGCUUGGAACUCGCUACGGAUUCCUAAGGAUAUCAUCUCACCUGCUCAGACGGUACUUCUUCGACUCGUCAGCUCCAUGUUCCGUGAUCGAUCAAAGAACCCACCGCCCGAGGAGUCUAAAGAGAAUCUUGCAGCCGUCAAGCUACUUCAUUUCUUCUUCAGCUCCUUUCGCAGUCGCAUAGUGCCCGAGUGCGUUGCUCUCAUGCAUCUACAAGGUCAAAUUCGGAACGAACAACUUGACCCAGCGGACUUCCCCGUGGACACCUGGGAUAUGGAGCGAGCCAAAGAUGGGCUGGCGCAGUUCCUCGACUUUCUCGCAGCGGUGACUGACGAUUACGACCUUCGAUCGAAGCUGGUCGAAUGGGAAGCUGUUUACGAUCUCUUGGCACUGCUACAGGGCUUGGAGACUGGCGUUGCUAAGAAGGCUCUUGUUGAGCUACCGAACCGUUCUGCCAACCGCUCCACUGACUCUAACUCAUCCACGCCCAUCGUCGAACGACCUUAUGAUGGCAGCGCGGAUCAUCCGCCUCCACCGCCACCGCCACCAGUUCAAGAUCCUGCCUACAAGUUUCCGUGGGCUGGUAUCAAGGGUCAGAUCUUGCAAAUAUUAGCUUCAUUGCUACAGCCACCGCCAGGCCGUUCGAGUCCUGGCAAUCCGGAGGUCCAGAAGCAGGUGUUGAAGCAUAAGGGCAUGGUAGCGCUUCUGAAUUGCUGCUCAUAUGAUGACAACAACCGCUACGCACGAGAGAGGGUUCAACUAUGUCUCAAGUGGCUUAUGGACGGCUCUGAGGAAGCUAAUCAAUUCUUGCGCAAUCUGGUUGCAACUGGCCCGCCACCGACUUUGCAGCCUCCUGCAGCCCCUGCUGGGGCGGGCCCGUCAGCGGCAACCACAAAGCUUCGUAUCAAUGGGGUGGAUGGGGAGGUGAAUGUUCAAGUCCGCUCAGCUUCAGCCGUAGAACAGAGUGGUGCCAGCGGAAGUGCGAGCAAUGUGGCAACGGGGCCUUCUCCGAGCAGUAGUAGCAGCGCUCUCGGCCAGGUGAACGCAUCUCAGACACAAAUGGCACCGAGGAGCCGAUCAGAGGAGCUUCUGCGUGAUAUUAUCAACCUGGCCGACGAGGCUGCGCGGCUCGCGCUGGGCGAGAACGGGGACGAGACGGAAGACGAGGAGUUCAUGGACUGCGUCAUGAAGCUUACUGAGCGACUCAAGGCGGAAGGAAUUGACAUCAACCUGCGGGACGUGCUGGAGGUCGACACGGAUCCUAAGCUGCGGAAUCUGAGGGAUAAGGUGUAG